AGAGCACAGGAGCGAUGCCCCCCCGCCCCAGUCCCCAGAGAGCAGCAGCAGAAAGCCUUCACUCUGUUUAUUCACUGACAAACUCUCCAGCCAUGCACUGCUACCAGCCUCUCUGGGGUUUUUUAUCUUUGUGUGGGUGAGAUGUUGCCAAAUCUGAUUAUUUUGACGUGUUUUCUGGCUCUCCGCUGUGCAGCUGAUUUGUGUAACUGGACUGGAAGCGGUUUUGCAGCUGGCGUGGAUUCCAGGAUUGUACUCCAGGUGCGAUUACGCUGUACAAAGGGCUCGGUGAGGUGGGUCUACCCGGGUCAGGCCCUCAGAGUGGUCCUCGAGCCCAAUCUGUCCUCCGCCCGGCACACCUCCAUCUGCAUCAAACCGUCUCCCUCCUUCGGCGGAGCCAGCGUGUUCAUUGAGCGUGCCGGGCAGCUGGAGCUGCUGGUGACGGACAGCGGGCGGCCGGAGUAUCAGGUGUUCUGCUUCCGGGCAGACGGACCUCACAAGCCCGUAAUCUACCUCCAGGCCAGCCCUCAGAGUGAUGGACCGCGGAACAGACGCACGGUGGGCUUCAAAUACGAGCUGCUCACCAACAGGAGUGCUGCGCCAAACCUCGGCCCCAGCGGGCUGGAGACAUCCUGUCGACCCUGCAAUGACACAGAACUUCUCAUGGCUAUCUGCAGCAGCGACUUUGUUGUUCGAGGCUACAUCAAAAAGGUCACCCAUGACUCUCGGCGUCAAAUGUCCUCAGUGGAGGUAUCAGCGCCGAGGGUGUACUGGCAGCGCAGUGGAGUGUUUGAGCAACAUCUGGAUCCACUGGUGUCAUGUCAGUCCUGGCGUGGACACAUCCACACACUCCUGCAGUGCCACGUCAAGCCCGGAGACGGAGAGUUUCUUUUCACUGGGUCGGAACACUUUGGGGAAGCUUGGUUAGGGUGUGCCCCGCGAUACAAAGACUUCCUGUCUGUCUACCACAAUGCCCGAACGGCACGCCAGAAUUCCUGCGACUUUCCUUUAGACUGAGGAGGGGUGUGUGUGCGCGAGUCAUCUUAGCAAUACUGAGCUGAGAAGUCUAACCACCUCUGCACUGGCGCACUUCAGAUCCUUGCUGUCACGUUCCACCAAGGUGGCACCAGCAGGGAAAAGCCGCUGAAAUGCUGGUGAUAAAAACUAAUUUGGAGGAGGAGAAUAGAGUUAACCAGCAGGGCCUCCUGCACUGCAGCUCAGAGAGGGCCGGCCUUUGUCUCUCUUCCAUCAAUGCCCUCAGUCCUGGGAGAAUAAGGAGGGGUUGAGUUGCUGCUCUCUUUUUGUGCCUCUCCCUGCAUUAACUGUUGUUCAUUUUGCUGCCUCUCUGUGACAAUUGCCCUAUGAACUGAGGCAGGAGGGUGCACAGCCAUUUAUUAUUGCCAGUUUGUUUUACUGAAUAGGAGUGUACAUAUAUACGACGUUUUAUCACUUACAGCAUUGUGAAAUCAUCUGUUUUGUGUUUACUCCUGUCUGUUGGAUCCUGCACGAGGCAGUUCUUUUCUUUCUGAUUCAGGAUCGCAGUGCAGUGAUCUUUUUUCUUGCAGCUGGAGAUGUUUGCCGUAGAUAUUUUACUUUAUUUCCUUUCUUUUUUUUCGGUUGGAGAGUGGAUGAAAUCUAGAAACAACUGAGACUCCGGAUUGCUGAG